AAUGGUGACUGGGAGCCAGAGUCAGCAAAAAAAAGUCACAUUGCCACCUCUAGUCGGCGAUCUUAUCGUAGAUCUUUCCAGAUAAAAAUAAUUAAAGACUUAAUUGAAAUUAAUUAAAACUAAAGAGUGUGCAUUCUACUUGUCAAGUUCGCCACGAAAGGUACUUUUGUCAGUAUGGAUUCUCAAGUCGGUGAUGUCAAGGACUUCCAGAGCAAGGAGGAAAUCGAUAAGUUCUUCGGCAAGUUUCCCAAACGCGCAAUCCUUCUUUUCGACGAAAUUUGGUCUCAGGAAGGAGAAUCAACUCAACAACUUAUCCGAGAAGUCAUUUCAGAUUUGAAAUUGUCUGAUGAAGUCGGCCUUGGGUACGUGCUGGCUGAGCAACUCCCAGAAGUUUCGCAAUUGUACGGAAUCACCGCGGUCCCGACGACAAUUCUGUUUCAUGUCAAUAAAGAAGUUUUCCGAGUUACUGGGCGUCGUUUUCGUGAUUUGAAAGACAAAUUGUUAUCAGGAGGCAAUCUCGAUAAUGUAUCGUUGCCCGUGACCGAAGCUGCCCAAGUCGUUGAUCUUGAUGAAAGGAUCAAGAUCCUGCUUGCUCAAGCCCCCGUAAUGUUGUUCAUGAAGGGAACACCAUCCGAACCUCAGUGUGGAUUUAGCCGUACCAUUGUUGGUCUGUUGAAUGAGACCGAAGUUCCAUACUCCACGUUCAACAUUUUGGCAGACAAUGAAAUCCGUGAAGGUCUAAAAGUCUACUCUAACUGGCGAACAUAUCCGCAACUCUACAUCCGUGGCGAGCUCAUCGGAGGGCUGGAUAUCGUAAAGGAACUCAAAGAAAGUGGAGACUUGAUGGACACUCUGAAGGGAAACUAAACUUAUGCAGCAUUUACAUAUUUCAAUGUGACCAAGUUCCUCUCCUCGGCAAAUUUGGUUUCAUAUUUCUUUGUUGAAGUUUACUAGCUUGUUGUAUUAGUUUCACUUUCAAUGUGUAAUUUAUUUAAUAAAUUUGUAAACUUGUAAGCUUGCGUUUCUAC